AUGAAUAAUAAUAAAAAUUUUUUAUUUCAGUCACAUCAGGAGGAAGAAUCGGAUCCAGACCAGGAUGAGGAAAGUGGAGAAGAAUUACCACAACAGCCUCUCCAGAACAAUACUCACUUAUCUGACAACACAUCUGGAAACAUUGGCGGUGCUCCUCUUCCAGUGCCCUCACACAUUGGCAAUUUUUUGAACCCACAUUUCCUCAGCAAACUCAAACAAGAGCCGUCUGAUGUUGACAUGAUGAACUCAAAGUCAAAUUUGGACGCUAUUCACGCGGCUAUGACUAACGGGUACCCUGGGUUUCCGUUUCCCGCCCCGUUUCUUCAGCUCCAGCACUUGAACCCUGGACAAAACCGCGACGCGGCUGCUGGAAAUGCUCUCGUUUCAUCAGCCAGUUCUCACUCGAGCGAGUCGUCUCAGAGCUCAUCUCGCAAUAACAAUGACCCGCGAGACAACGGGCAAUCAAACAUGAACAAUAACAACUCCGCGAACUCGAGCCAGCAGCCCUCCAGCUGGAGCUUCGAGGAGCAGUUCAAACAG